CCAGCUAACGCAAAUUCCCUUUGCGUUUUUGAUCAGAUGUUUCAGGGCCUGCGUCUAAUUUCUUUUACAUGGCGCCUUAAGUGUAGUCUAGCUUAAAUUGUUUAUUAAGACUUAAAAUCAUGUCCGACGACGAUUGUGAUAUUUUCAGUGCAGCGCGCAAGCGGGCCCCAAAAAAAGCUUUGCCAAAGGAAUUAUCCAAUUCCUUUAACGAUUCCAUCUCCUCGGAGGUCGACUACGAUUUCUUGGCCGACACCACUAUUACAACGAAAGGAAAGAAGGCUGGACGAGAGAGGAAGACAAAGCCGCCGAAGGAACCGCUCGCUCAGGAAACUAACGAAGUGGGAAAAGAUGUAUUUGUUCCCCCAGAGCCUGUCCAGACUGAGGCUUCUCCACGCUGCCUGUCGCCUGUGUCACAGUUGUUGUUGGAAAUGGAGAAAACACAGGAUAGUGCACCAAAAAAGCGGGGGAAAAAGAAAGUUGGGAUAGAGGAAAAUGUGGAAACGCCAUGUGUCGUUGGCCCAGUAGCGAGGCGCACACGCUCGUCACUGGGCAAGACAAUUCCUGAACCUGUCAUAGAGCAGCCCAUUGACAAUAUAACUGCUUCGGCUCCAAAUAAGCCCCAAAAAAGAGCCUCGCGGGCCAAUAAAAGAACUUCACAACCUACAAACGCUGAGAAAGAACCGAUACCUGCCUCUGCAUUACAUAUCAUUGCGCCGAUUAUGAUUCAUAACACUCGCCGCGAGCAAUUAGCUGAAAAGGCAGCGCGUUCCCAAGUGAUUGACAGCGUAGAUCUUGUGUCAGCGGUGGUGCCCAGGGUGGAGGGAUUCGUUAAUCUAGAUUCGGAUGAUGAAGCGCCAGCCGCUGUGCCUGAAGAAGAUUCAAAUCCAUUCGAAGAUGAGAAUCCCACAAAGGAAGUAGCCGUAUCAUGGCUGGGCGAGAUACAGAUUUAUAAAUUGCGUCGGCAUCAGAAGUUCCAGCAUAUGUUUGAGGAAGUGGCCAAACGCAACAAUGUAGCUGUCGAGGAUGUGUCAAUUGACAUGUAUUACAAAUUCGUCGAACCUGAUGAUACACCUCAUAGUAUUGGCCUUGAAAGCUUCCACACACUCACUGGUCAUAUCAACAAAACGAACAACAACGAUUGUAGAAAGACUGAUUCUAAGAAUAAGUAUAAUCACCAAAAUUUAAUAAAGAAACCAAGAAAAUUCCAAGUUAAAGUGCAGUCGGAUAAGUGGAAGCAUCCCAUGGUAAUGGUCAUGAAGAAAACCGAUCCAUUCAAAAUAUUGUACAUUAAAUGCGCCGAAGAACUUAACAUUUCUGCUCGUCUCGUCUCGCUAUUUUUUGAUGGCGAUCUGUUGGAUCCAGACGAUACACCCGUUAAACAGGAUAUGGAGGGCAAUGAAAUAAUUGAUCUCCACUACAAGUCCUAGGUUAAUGUAGAUUUAAUUCUAUAUUUAAGUUGAAAAUUUAUUUUUGCAUAUUUAUUUAUUUUAACUUAAUUUUUUUCUUGAGAUUCUGUGUCUAAAUUAAAGCUGGCUUUGUAGAAUA